AUGAAGAUCGAAGGACAAAGAGAGAAAAAGAACAUGGAUUUUCGAAAUUUGAAUCCUCUAAAUAUCCGAGCGAAUCUGCUGUCGGGCAAUCUAUUGCCGAUAACGCCCGACGACUCGCGACCUUCUAUUCUCUGGCGAGCAUAUGGCGUCAUCAUACUGUUGAUCGAAGUGAUACAGAUCGCCGGGUUCAUAUUCGGUUUAAUCCUGGCGCCGCAAAAGAAAACUCUGAAGGAGGGCAGCAUCGGCGUCAUGGUCACUAUAGAAGUGAUCGUUAUGCUCACUCGUUUCUACGCGCACAAGAAGCUACUGAAACGGGUGAUCGGCAAGUUGAACGAUCUGCUGCGAGACGCGGAUGAGACUAUGAAGGACAUCGUGAGGUCGAUCCUGAAGCCAAAGAUAAUGCCGUUAACGUUGUAUGGAAUAUUCAGCGUUAUCUCGUUCUUGGUGUGGAACAUAGAGCCGCUUUUGUUGGUUUUCAACAGAAACACUUUCUUCUACUCGGAUUACAAUGUUCCAACGGCCUUCUCCGCCGAACCAUUCUCCACCUCCGUCUUGAUCCCGUCGAUUCUCAUCAUGGCGUUCGGUGGCUCGUCUCGAAUUCUCAAAAAGUACAGCUUGGACGUUUAUAUGAUGCACCUAGUGCUGCUAUUGACCGCGCAAUAUCGAUACAUGGCAAUAAAACUCGCCCAGUUAUUCCGACAUCCGCGGGAGACUGGGGGAGGGCGCUCUGAGGAAGAUCGAUGGGUGGAAGAGUUGAGAACAUUGUGUCAACAUUACAACACCGUUAUAUGGUAA